UGCCAGAAAUAAUUUUAAUUUACGUUUUAUUGAUGUUGGUGACUGGGCAACGUUACGAUUGCGCGUCUAGGUGUUUUACAUUACUUAUGUUUUUUGUUUGUAAAAUAAUAAAUAAUCUCUAUCAGACAACUAAUUGAACGUUAUUAUCUACAAUUACGGUAUUUUUAAAACAAUUCAAAGAUUAUAAUUGCCAUUUUAAAUUGUUCUUUUUGCUAAAUAAAAAAAUACAAAAAGUUCAGUGUCGCCAACGUUCGAACGAAAAAAUCCCGAAAACAAUUUUGACAGUUCCCUCGUUCUUUUCACAAAAUCAUUUCAAUUUGUCUAUUUUUUUGGAUAUUCUUCGCAGAAAAUUCGCCAGUGAAAGCAAAAGAUUCCGGAAAAUCACGCACAAUUCCCCAUUUAAUAUUUAAAUUUCCAGAAUUCGUCUGUAAUGCACUAGGACUAGUUUUAAAAGCUAAAUAAAAUCAGAGAUUAUGGCUAACAUAGCGGCUCAAAGGAUCAAACGCGAAUUUAAAGAGGUUAUUAAGAGCGAAGAGGUAGCAAAAUGCGCUAUUAAACUAGAACUCGUAGAUAACAAUUAUACGGAACUCAAAGGUGAAAUAGCUGGGCCUCCGGACACACCCUACGAAGGGGGUAACUUUGUUUUAGAAAUUAAAGUACCUGAAACGUACCCUUUUAAUCCACCCAAGGUACGGUUUAUAACGAAAAUAUGGCAUCCGAAUAUAUCGUCAGUCACAGGGGCUAUAUGUUUAGAUAUUUUAAAAGAUCAAUGGGCUGCCGCAAUGACCUUGAGAACGGUUCUGUUGUCGCUACAAGCCCUGUUGUCAGCGGCGGAGCCAGAUGAUCCCCAAGACGCUGUAGUUGCUAGACAGUACAAAGAAAAUUUAGAUAUGUUUAAAUUAACAGCUAGACAUUGGACAAAUGCGUAUGCUGGAGGUCCGAGUGUCAAUUCGGAAUGCGACGAUAAGAUCAAGCGUCUGGUCGAUAUGGGUAUAGAAGAACACCAAGCGCGAGUAGCUCUAUCCUCGUAUAACUGGGACUUAGAACGGGCCACCGAACAGUUAUUUAGUUAGUAAAAUUUGACAGCUUUACGGAGAUGGUAUUUCGAUGAUACAGUUUGAUAGUUUAAUUCGUUCAUAUUUUUUGUUUUUGGCAAUUUUUUCAUCUGCUAAAUAUUGUACAGAAUAUUAAUUCUACUAUACUGUUGAUAUUUGAUAAAAAACAAAUAAAAGUAAUUUAGCUAUU